UCGAAAACCAUCAUGUUCAAAAACGUUUUUUUUCCAAAGUAACUUUAAUAGACUAUUAAACGGCGGAUAUAUAACAGAUUUAUUUAGUACAUGAUUUGAUUUAUAUCAAGAAAAGUCUCUUUAGACAUAUUCAAAAAAGCCAUGUUUAAAGUUUUAACAAUAUGUCUUGCGAUAUAUUAUUUACCUUACGUUUCUUGUAUGACUGAAGAAAUGCUGGAAUUAGCUAAACAAUUACAUGACACUUGCGUAGGAGAAACUGGUGCAAAAGAGGAUGCCAUUACCAAUGCAAAGUCUGGCACGUUUUCCGAAGAUCCAAACUUCAAAUGUUACAUUAAAUGUCUGCUGGACCAGAUGGCCAUUGUAGACGAAGAAGGUACUAUAGACGUAGAAGCUAUGAUUGCGGUUUUACCUGAGGAGUUCCAAGAUUCAGCGCCAGCAAUCAGAAAAUGUGAUACACAAAGAGGUGCAGAUGCUUGUGACACGGUUUGGUUGACACACAAAUGUUAUUACAGAGAAGAUCCAGAAGUAUGUAUUGUUAAACCCAGAUACCGUGUGAUUGAAAAAAAAAACGCGUCACAUGUUGAUUUGAUUUUUGCAUCGUUCCUAAAAGACAUGUUAGUGUAUUUUGUAUUACUGUGUCAAAUAUUAUUAAAUAUUUCUAUAAAUAAUGUUUCUGCGAUGUCUGAAGAAAUGAAAGAACUAGCUCAAAUGUUGCAUAACACCUGUGUUGCUGAAACUGGAGUAUCUGAAGAUUUGAUCGACAAAGUCAACAAUGAAAAAGUGUUCGCAGAUGACGAAAACCUCAAAUGCUACAUUAAGUGUCUCAUGGCCCAAAUGGCUUGCAUUGAUGAUGAUGGUAUGGUCGAUGUUGAAGCUACCAUUGCGGUGUUGCCGGAGGAAAUGCAGGAAGAGGCUACGCCUGUUAUUAGAACUUGCGGUACAAAAGUUGGCAAGAGUCCAUGUGAAAACGCCUGGUUAACGCAUAAAUGUUACGCAGAUAUGAAACCCAAGGCUUAUAUGCUUAUAUAGCAGACGAAGACGAAUAUUCUCAUUAGGGAUCUUUGGACUGGAAGACGGUAAAAAUAUUAUUAUUAUGUCAACAAGUUUAUUUCGUUUUUUACGAUUUCGGCUAAGUAAAAUUGUAUGUAUUCGUUCGCCAUAAAAUAU